GGGCACCUCCCAAUGGGAGGCGUGGAUAGUGAGGGGUCCCGCACGCCUGGAGCAGAGAGGGUCUGUGUCAAGAGCGGCGGGGGCUGCAGGAGGCGAGAGAGACUGGGUGCGGGUGGCCCUCCGGGUAAGGAGGGACGGUAGCCUCAGGGGCCAGACGGAAGGGGGCUGUCGCUGUCUUACAGAUGUCUGGCACCAUGGGGCGUGCAUCCGCUUCGGAGUCACAUGUUCAUUGAAAACUGAGGUACCAGCACUGGAUCCAGGCUUGCUGAUUGAUAGUCUGGCACUGCCCCCCUCCCCACCAUGGCAGAGGUGGCGGCUGAGGUGGCUGAGCUGCCCACACAGAUGUCACCAGGGGCGGUGGAGACGUCAACACCGAUGUUCGGGGAGAUGUCAGCAGAGGUGACCGAGAUGACACCUGGGGAGGCGCUGGCCUCGUCCCUUUUCUUCCAGCAUCACCAGUUCAUGUGCUCUGAGUGUGGCAGUCUCUACAACACGCUGGAGGAAGUCCUCUCGCACCAGGAACAGCAUGUGCCCACUGUCACCGAGGAUGAGGCACUGGCCGCCCAGGAUCCUGGCCUGGAGCCCGAGCUCAUGGCAGGGCCUGAGGAAGGGCCCUUCCAGUGUGGGGAGUGUAACCAGCUCAUCCUGUCCCCCGGCGAGCUCCUGGCCCACCAGGACGCCCACCUCCGGGAGUCUGCAAGCCAGAUCCAGUACCAGUGCGGGGACUGCCAGGAGCUCUUCCCCUCGCCUGAGCUGUGGGUGGCUCAUCGCAAGGCCCGGCACCUUUCUGCUGCAGCCACCGAGCCACCAGGGCCGCCCCCGAUGCCCCCUCCGAUGCCACCCCCGCCACUCCCAGUUCCACCCGAAGUUAAGAUGGAGCCCUACGAGUGUCCCGAGUGCUCUACCCUCUGUGCCACUCCCGAGGAGUUCUUGGAGCAUCAGGGCACCCACUUUGACUCCCUAGAGAAAGAAGAGCGCAACGGGCUAGAGGAGGAGGAGGAAGACACAGAGGAAGACACAGAGGAAGACACAGAGGAGGAAGAGGAGGUGGCGGCAGAGGUCGGUGAGGAUGCUACGGGAGGCGACAGGUCCACAGCCGGCCGGGCCCAGGGCUGUGCGGAUUGCCCCCAACCCUGGACGGCCGCGGAGGCGCGCCGGCGACACCGGCGGGCCUCCCGCGGCCCAGCAUCGGCGGCCCACCCCUUCCACUGCACGCAGUGCCAGCGCAGCUUCAGCUCGGCCAACCGGCUGCUGGCGCACGGGCGGGCCCACAUCGGGGGCACACACGAGUGUACCACCUGCUCCAAGGUCUUCAAGAAGGCCGCCUCCCUGGAGCAGCACCUGCGGCUGCACCGCGGCGAAGCGCGCUACCUCUGCGUGGACUGCGGCCGCGGCUUCGGCACCGAGCUCACGUUGGUGGCUCACCGGCGGGCCCACACCGCCAACCCGCUGCAUCGCUGCCGCUGCGGCAAGACGUUCAGCAACAUGACCAAGUUCCUCUACCACCGGCGCACGCACGCCGGCAAGAGCGGGGCGCCCCCCGCGGCGGCGGCGGCGGCGGCCUCCCCGGUGCCCGCCGAGGCCGCCGCGCCGCCGCCGCCGCCGCCCGCCCCGCCCGCCCAGCUGCCCUGCCCGCAGUGCUCCAAGUCCUUCGCCUCGGCCUCCCGGCUCUCGCGGCACCGGCGCGCCGUCCACGGGCCCCCCGAGCGGCGGCACCGCUGCGGCGUGUGUGGCAAGGGCUUCAAGAAGCUGGUCCACGUGCGCAACCACCUGCGGACGCACACGGGCGAGCGGCCCUUCCAGUGCCACUCGUGUGGCAAGACGUUCGCUUCCCUGGCCAACCUCAGCCGCCACCAGCUGACGCACACGGGCGUGCGGCCCUACCAGUGCCUGGACUGCGGCAAGCGCUUCACGCAGAGCUCCAACCUGCAGCAGCACCGGAGGCUGCACCUGCGGCCCGUGGCCUUCGCGCGCGCGCCCCGCCUGCCCGGCCCCGGCCUGUACAGCAAGAGCCCCUACUACUGCGGGACCUGCGGCCGCUGGUUCCACGCCCUGGCCGGCCUGCGGCUGCACCAGCGCGUCCACGCCCGCGCCCGCCCCGGGCCCCCGCCGCCGCCCCCGCCGCAAUCCCUGCCCCCCGCCCCCCCGCCGCCGCCGCCGCCGCCGCCCGAGCCUCAGCAGACUAUCAUGUGCACCGAGCUCGGGGAGACCAUCGCCAUCAUCGAGACGUCGCAGCCGCUGGCGCUGGAGGACACGCUGCAGCUGUGCCAGGCGGCACUGGGGGCCAGUGAGGCGGGCGGGCUCCUGCAGUUGGACACGGCCUUCGUGUGACACGGCUGGGGAGCAGCAGUGAGAUGGCCGUUGUGGGCCCCUCUGGGGGGCGAGGGGAGCCCCCCCACCCGCACCCCGGCAAGCUGCUCCGGCACCCACCGGGUGCCGGGAUCCACCCUGGCCUCGUACCCCCGGACUCCUCACAAGGGCCCUGCCCUGGUGUCUCUUGCCACUUUUCUCUGCCUGUGGGGAAACUGAAGCUCUGAGGCCUGAUGGCGAUCCGUCCCAGGUCAUCCCACUGCGUUGCAAAACGGGGCUCGCCAAGACUCUUGGCUCUGCAUCCAUCACCCUGGUGCCCGGCAACGUCAGGUAACCUUUCCUGAGCCCCGACCACGCGCCAGAUCGGUGCUGGGCACCGUCGUAUGCCUCUUCAGGCUCUCGCUCGUCCCCAAGCCCUCCCCUCCCCUGGACCCCGGGGCACCGGGACUUGGCUCUGCCUGGUGGAGAAAGGUACUUGAGUUCUCUGGGCUCCCUUAAGCUCCCUUUUGACAAUGUCGAAAGAAAUGCCGGAGCCCCAGGGAUGAUGACUCAGAGCCAGGCGCUGCCCCAGGAGGCACACGGCGGGGCAGGAGGAGCACCCAAGUACUGAUGGCCUUGCUCUCUUGAGUGUGUCUUGUUGAUUCAUUCAGCCUUGGAGUCCUCAGGCCCCCCUCGCACGUGCUGGGCGAUGCUGGGGGCCGGAGAGGAGUCAGGCCUCUGCCCUGCCCCUGCGGAGCAGGCAGAUCUCAGCCCCGCCGUCCUCAGGGCUGUGAUGGGGAUGUGCAGGGACAGUGGGAUCCCAGAGCAGGGAACAACCCCUCCUCCCCCCCCGCCCCUCCCCCCACCCCGAAGGAGGUAGUCCUUGAGGGAACACUAGGAAUCUGGUAGCGAAAGAGGAAGAGAACAUAGGCAGACAGCACUGCAGAGGAGGGUGAGUUCUUGGUCUGCUUGGAGACCGUCCAGUUAUUCACAGCUACAAUAACAGCGAACGCGGCUGCCUAGCCGUGGCAGGCACGCGGUCAGCGCCGUACACGGAUUGUGACCCAGCAGGCCUGUGAGGUGAUCUCAGCGUUAGCCCUGUUGUACGGAUGAGACUCACCCAAGGUCUCACAGUAGGCAGCAGUGUCGCGGAGAUUUGAAUCCAGGGGGUCCGUUCAGCCCAUGUCUCUAAGCAGUACUGCUGAGUGAGUGUGACCUGAGACUGGGGGCGGGGGGGGAGGUGGCGCCCAGAGGAGGGUUUGCUACCGCUGGAGGAAAAGUGAGCUGGCGUCACAGAGCAGUUGGGGUUUGUUGGGGCCCCCGAAAGAUCAAAGGUCUUAGGAAUAGGAGGGGAUCCCCAACCCUUUCAAAGGUUACCUAAGGUGGCAGUCCUUCCUUCUCUAAACAGCAGCAGAUGAUUUAUGGCAGGUCCCUGGGGCAAGCUCCCGCCGGGCCUCUACAGAGCGAGGUGUUGAGGCACGGGAGGCUAUGGCUGAGAGUUGUUGGGGAGGGAGGCAGGCCCGGACCUGGGAAGGCAGGGAAAGCCUGCCCCAGAAGUUGGGGCAGGGUGGGAUAGGGGGGAAGAGAGGGUCAAAAGUGGGGCUUAGGGCUUCCUGGCAUGAAGGUGGAGCCAGGGGGAGGCUGAAGAUGGUCUAGGAGGGAAAGGAUGGGAUCAGACUAGGGCAGAAGCCACAGGAGUGGGAGGGAGGGUCAGGGACCACCUCAGUGACCUCGUGGCUGAACAAUUGUGAGCAGCAGGGAGGCAGGGGGACCAGCCCUGCUGCCGUCUCUGGUCUACUUGCUGUAUGUAUUCAUCUUACAAACAAGGUGGUAUCCAGAAGGUAUCGAGCAGGGAAGGCCAGGGAUUGUUCUGGGCAGUAUAGUUACCCCUGGGGCUGGCCUAAGCAGACUGGAGAGUCCAGGUACCACAGGAACAGUCCCUGAACUCUUGGGACAUGUUCAGAAUUCCCCUUUUGGGGCACCUGUCUGGCUCAGUCAGUAGAGCGUGCAGCUCUUGACCUCGGGGUCGUGAGUUCAAGCUGAGUGCGCCCCCCACCCCCCGCAGUGGACAUAGCUUACUUAAAAUGACGACAAACUCAUUCCCUUUUUCUUCACAAUUGAAGUCCAGUGGAGGACAUAUCAGUUGCUCCUCCCCAGGCCUCCUUCCACUUCCGGGGCCUCCUGCCCUCACAUACCAUUGGCACCACAUGUAAGAGAUGCCAUUUCCCUCUGCCCGUGGCCCCACCAUCUGGCCCCAGCAUGUUUUCAAAGCAAGGGAAGAAGCCAAGUUCUCUGCACCAACCUUCCCAGGCUUGUCGCUUCCCAGCAUCCCUAGACGGGGGCCAGGUACGUGCCCUGUUUGAAACAGAAAUGAAAGCUUGGAGAUCUGUUAGGGUUUAAGGACCGCUCCUCUGCCCAUGUCCGUGCCCACUACGAGUCUACAUCCAGGCUGUUUUGGCCUGAGUGACUACAUGUCAUCUGCUGUUGCGUGAAGCAGCAGGUAGCUCGGGCUGUGGGACACAGAGCCCUCUGUUCAAGUCUUGACUCUGCCACUUUCUAUGGCCUUGACCCCUGAUCCCCAGUUCUCAACUGUCACCUGGGGAGGACAGUGCCUGCCUCCCUCCUGAGGCAGAAGAGGACGAUGGCAGGGUCCAUGAGGCCGGCUCCCCCGAGGCCUCUGCAGCGGAUGAGCCAGACUCUGUUCAUCACAUGCGUGAAGGAGAGCAGAGGCCCGGGGAGGCUGGGCACGUGAGCCAGGGCCGGGACUCAGGCCUCCGGCAGCCCAGCCUGGCUUCACUGUCCACGGUGCCCCUGCCUGAGAGGUCCUGUCCCAGCACAGCCCCUCAGGGCACCUCCCUCACCUCCAUGGAAACAAGGCAGCCAGACAGGAAGCAGGUUUUCAUGCCAAUAAUUUAUUGAACGGAGGUCUGUACACAGGCAAACCUUACUGUGGAAACUAAGACAUGGGGAGCUCCCCCACACCCACCCCCUCAGCCCUCCAGGGUGGGGAGAGGAGGGAGGAGAUCUUAGGGGCCGAGGACAGGAGGGGGGACACAGCUGUAGAAGGGGGACGGGCCAGGUUGGACGGUGUGAAUCGACGUUUUCUUUAAGAAAAAAAUUAUAACAAUCUAUUUACACCCGAGGGGGGGGGGCGGGAAGGGAAGAGGAGCAGACGGGCUGGUCUGGUUCUAUUUACAAGGGACACAGGAAGGGAGGAGGGGUUGGAGGAGUGUAGGCCUGGGAGGAGGGGAGGGGGCCAAGGGGGUAGGAGGUCCUCAUGCCUCCCAACCCCCUGUCCUUCCUUCUCUUCCCUCCCCACAACCAGUUAAAAUCCUCUUAAAAAGCCCACCACAGGGUGAGGCUGGUGAGGGAGGGACUGGAGGUAGGGACAGGGACUCAUUUACCUCUGCCCUCUAGUCUAGGGGCCCAGCCAGGUCAGGAGCUUGAUGGGCUAUGGUCCCCCUUCCCAGCCCCACUGGGGGCUCCCAGAUGGAAGAGUUGUUGGUGGGGCCCUCAGGAAGAGUUAGUGAGGGGAGUUGUGGCGUCAGGUGACUGCCAGUCCGAGCCGGUCUGAGCCUCACUUAAAGCUGAGGGGGAGGAAAAAGCAGACAGUUACCCUUUGCCUCUCAGACCUCCCCCAAGAGCAGGAACCCAGUGGGGGAUGCUACGUCAGAAACGGACAGCUGCCGCUCUAGGUCCAGCGCUGCAUACUCGGACGCCAAAGGGCCAGGCUGCUCACUGAGUGACUCACCAGACAGCCGGGCCCCACAGAAGAGAGGGUGGCUAGAACUUGGCCCCAACUCACAGCACUGCCCUGAGGAAAGGCAGGCCCCCUGCUGCCCAGUCGGAUUUUCUUCCCCAAGAGACAUAGGAAAUCUGGAUUUGUAACAUGCAGUGGCCUCAAUUUUUAAAUGUGGACAACAAAUUUAACGUUUUGUUUGUUUGUGCAAGCCAGACCUAGGUCUUUGGUUUUCCGGUUGGCACUUAAACACAAAUACAGGCAAUCAGACCCGACGAAGGUGGCUGUUCACGUGUAUGCUAUCAGAUGUCAACAAUUUCCACACCCGUGCGGGGAACUCCAGGGCUGUAGGCACAGGCUGGCCUCCCAGGCUGAGAAGCAGAGGGCCCCCGACCUACCUUGUGAGGAUGGAGUGAGGGAGGCAGUGCCCGCUGGGGACCUCAAGUGAGGAGGGAGGAGAAUGGCGUUGAGAGAUGGUUGGAUGGAGAGUUCUAGAGACAGGAUUGGACAUGCCCAGUCAGGAGGCGGGGUGUUGGGAGACGGGGUCGGGGUUAGAAAGGGGCACCAGGUAGCAACCCAGCUCUUGGCAAGGCCAGCUGACACGUGUAGCUACUGAACGCUUUAAAUGACAAACCAGAAGGGGCCCGGCACACGUGACCGCAGAGCACGGGUGAAGCAGCUUCGGGGCUCUGGCAUCGGGGGCGAGCACCCCUCCCUCAGCAUCCCACUCCUCUCUCUAACACCAAGCCCUCCUCCACAACCUUUGCCUGCCCUUCCGGCUCCCUGCAUUCCAAGCCGUGCCCUCACCUCCAGGACUGAAAUUGAAGAGGGGGGGAAGCGGGCGGUUGUUGGGGAGCUGGGUUCCAUGACAUCGCAGUUCAUCAAAGAAGCUGUGGGCGCAGGCUUCCAGAGGGGAGAGCCUUGAGGACGGUGUGUACUCCAGCAGGCUCGAGCAGAGUGCGAUGGCCUCCGGCGGCGUUCGAGAUUUGAACACCUUAGGGGGUGGUCAGGAGGGUGAGCCGCCCAGGCACUGUGGACUCCCGCACCCCCACUUCCCAUACGAGGCACGACCACUAAGGGGAAACCACGUUCUUUGGGGUGAGCAGCUCGCGGGGGUCCCGUCAUGGGACAGGCCCUGCAGGGAGCCUGUUUCCCCAGCAGAGAAAUGGCACUCAAACUUACCGUGGACCCUCAACUUCCGGAGGAUGGGAGAUGCCAUAAACUGAAAUCUGAUGAGUUAACGGCCCCAUUCCCAAGCCCUGACUCUAUAGCCAGGUCCCAAGACCAGCUGGCCUCCAAAGGGGACCUCGGCCAUGCUGCCUGAGCCCCUAGCCCCGUCCCACCUUUGUCCAGGGGUGAGCUUUAAUCUGGGGAAACUUGAACUCCGUGUAGUUGGGGUUCAUCUCUCGGAUCUGUUCCCGGGUUGGUGUUCCCAGCACCUGGAGAAGAAGGGACGGGUCUGAGCCAAAGCCCCUAUCCCUCAGCCCCAUCCCUGCCCAUCCCUGCCCACUCCUGCCAUGCCCUCACCUUGAUGAUCUCCACCAGCUGGUCUACCCCACUGUCCCCGGGGAAGAUGGGCUGGCCCAGGAGGAGCUCGGCCAGUACGCAGCCAGCUGACCACACAUCUGAGGGGGAAUGCGGGGAGGGUCAGGGCUGCCCCACCCAUCCCCUCGCCAACGCUUCUCUCCCCCCACAGUCAUCCUGAGGGUGCCAGGAGGGAGCCCCAUUUUCACUUGGCCCCGAGAAGCAGCACCCUGCUCCAGGUCCUGCAGGGUUUAGGGACACGGGAGCCCGCUGUUGAACCUCCAGGUCUGCCUGACGGCGCCGUGCUCUGCGAUCCAAGUGUUUGCCACCUUUGUUGCCUCUCUCCCCGCCCCGACCCCAGGAAGCCCCUGCUCUACCUCCAGCCUCCAGCCAGCCCAAUGUAGCUAGCACAGACCUCUGUGUUCUUGGGCCUCGGGAAGGUCCAGCCUGAAGUCCUGGGCCCAGGC